AUGGGGAAUUUUGUUCUCCUCUUUGCCAUUUUCCUCUUCAUGAGUCAAGUUCUACCAGCCAGAGGAAGGUUCAAGGAGGUUUGUGAGCGUCCAAAUGGCUCCUGCCAAGAAUUUUGCAUCAAAACAGAAAUCCUCGUUGGCAAAUGUUUAGAUGAUCGAGCGUGCUGUGUGCCUCUGUUGGAGCACCCGACAUAUGAGCUCACCGAGAGCACUGAGACAACCAAGAUCCCUGGAAUCACGAAGAGAGCAGCACGCCAGAACUGA